AUGGUGAAGCUCAAGAACAAGUCACACUACUCGCUGAACCCGGCGGACCGCGAGCGCAAGAAGCAGCGGCGGAAGGAGAUUGAACGCAACCGUAGGGAACGCAAAUUCAACCGCGAUGCGAGCAGCAAGAAGGACAAUCCAGAGGACCUCAAAGCCGAGCUCGAGGAGCUCCUCGGCAAGGAGGAGGAGUCAGGGAAGCUCAACCAAGUGGACCGACUGCGAAAGAAGGUGUUGCAGGACCAGCUGAAGAUCGCGAUCAAGGAGCAGCACCACGCGAGGACAGGCACGGACACCAGCAAGGGCUUCGACCCCGUCCUCUUCAGCCGCGCGCAGACGGGCGCCGCGGAACCGAGCGCCGCUGCCGUCGACGCUGCCGUCGCCGCUCCGUCGCCUGAGGCCGCGGCGCCCAGCGCGGACGCCGAGCUCCUGCCGCCGCCCGGGCGGCCGUUCGGGCUCCUCCCGCCGCCCGCCACGGCGCCCCCAGCGGCGGCGGCGAUCGCGUACGGGCGGCCAGCGAUGCCGCCGCCCAUGCGCCGCCGCCCGUCGCGCCGCCGCCCCCGGGCGGCCCGCCCGCGCGCCCAGCGAUGCCGCCGCCCGCUGCGCCGCCCGCGCAGCCCGCGGGGGAGCCGAAGAAGGUCAGCGCGGUCAUCGGCGCGAGCAGCACCGUCGUCAAGGCCCACGAGGACAAGGCGCUACUGGCGUUCGUCCCGGCGCACAUCCAGGCGCAGAGGGCCGGCGUGA